CAUUUAUUAUAAGUGUUGUGUUUUGCCGCGUGUACUAGUCGUGUCAUAAGUAUUAGAGCAUUUAAAUAUGUUUUUCGUGUAAAGUGUCAUAUUUUAUGUAGUGUAACUUUCGCUGAUUUAUUUUUAAAUUUUGAUAUCAUACUAACAUAAUUAUGACUACAGGCAACGUUAUCCAAGAUGUUGAUACCGGCCACUCCGAUAUGAUCCAUGAUGCUCAGAUGGACUACUAUGGAAUACGUCUUGCAACUUGUUCUUCUGAUAAAACGGUGAAAAUAUUUGAUGUGAGAAGUGGCUCUCAGAAGAUUGUUGCUACUUUAAAAGAGCAUGAUGCACCAGUGUGGCAAGUAGCUUGGGCUCAUCCAAUGUUUGGAGUUAUUUUGGCUUCUUGUUCAUAUGAUCGUAAAGUCAUCAUCUGGAAGGAAACUGAUGGAAAGUGGGAAAAUAUUUAUGAAUAUACAAAGCAUGAUUCCUCUGUAAACUCUUUGUCUUGGGCUCCAAAUGAAUUUGGUCUUAUUCUUGCCUGUGGUAGUUCAGAUGGGUCCGUUUCUGUGUUGAGCAGUACUGGUGAUGGCCGAUGGGAAACAAAGAAAAUUCACAAUGCCCAUACUAUUGGCUGCAAUGCAGUUUGUUGGGCUCCUGUUAAUGCACAACUAGUAUAUGCAAAUUCUAAUGAAUAUACAGGAUCAAAUUCUAACAUUUCUGCGGCUAGUUCAACAAAGAGGUUUGUCACAGGUGGUUGUGAUAAUCUUGUGAAGAUAUGGAAAUAUGUAGAUAAAGAAGAUUCAUGGAUUGAAGAAGAGAAAUUAGAAGCUCAUUCAAAUUGGGUUAGAGAUGUUGCUUGGGCACCUUCAGCACAUUUUGGACAGAGUGUAAUAGCGAGUUGUUCUCAGGAUAAAAGAGUAAUAAUUUGGACCAAAACUAAAGACACAUCUUGGACUCCAAAAGUACUUUACACAUUUGAUGAUGUAGUAUGGCAUGUUAGUUGGUCAGUAACUGGUAAUGUUCUUGCUGUAUCUGGUGGUGAUAAUAAAGUGACAUUAUGGAAAGCUGCAAAUGAUCAUCAGUGGGUUCGGUUAAAUGAUGUAACUAGAGGACAAGAAGAAAGGAAAGGAUAAAUUUUUGAUGUCAAGUGUAUUUUUUGCUGCCAGAACAUU